AUGGACUCAGCAGAUUCGAUACCCGAGGAGUGGUGGGAAGGCAUGGAAAUGAUAUCCAGGACUCCAUAUUUGGCAUAUCUGGCUCUUGGAGCUGUUGGUCUCAUAGUGACUUUGAUUUCGGCUUAUAUACUUCUUUGCACAUUUGCUCCUACUCCCCGACCACCCACCAAGUCCGAAAAGCGAUAUAUCACGAUAACCGAGCAAGGUCAGAUUGCGAAGCCUGAGCCGCUACCAUGUUGGUUCGACAAUUAUCGCGCGCUCAAAGAGAUGGCGCGCAGAGGUCAGAUCCCACCCGAGGAAGCCUACCAAAUAACGGACGCCGAGUGCUUCAUGACAUUGGUCAUACCCGCAUAUAACGAGCAAGAUCGAUUGAGCGGAAUGUUGGAAGAGGCAGUCGAGUACUUGGAAGAACAGUACGGACAUCAUGGCACAAAGUCCAGGAGUAGCAGCAAUGGCAACGCGCAGGCGACAGGCCGCCAAGGUGAUCCAUACCGCGGAUGGGAAAUCAUUCUCGUCAGUGACGGCAGCACCGACAAGACAGUAAAAGUUGCUUUGAACUUUGCGCGAACGCAUAUGCUCAACAAGCCACCGCCUACAUAUUCUGGUCCUUGGAAAGAGCAAGAAAAGUACAAGCCGACAAACAUUAGUCCGGGUACGAUCAGAGUCGUGCAGCUGGAACAGAAUCGUGGCAAAGGUGGCGCUGUAACACACGGCAUGAGACAUGCGAGAGGCACUUAUGUGGUGUUUGCAGAUGCGGAUGGUGCUUCAAGGUUUCCAGAUCUAGGGAAGCUGGUCAAACAGUGCGAGAAAAUCAAGGACAAAAUGGGACGAGCGGUCGGCGUUGGUAGCAGAGCGCACAUGGUAGGCAUGGAUGCCGUCGUGAAGCGAUCCGCCCUCCGCAACCUGCUUAUGCGUUGCUUUCAUCUUGGAAUCCGGCUGCUCACGACACCCAAAACUUCCCACAUCAAAGAUACGCAAUGCGGCUUCAAGCUCUUCUCGCGCCCAUCUUUACCCUAUAUCAUCCCAUACAUGCACUCGGAAGGCUGGAUCUUCGAUGUCGAAAUGCUCAUGCUGGCAGAGAGCGCUGACAUACCUAUGGCUGAAGUAGGCAUUGGCUGGAAAGAGGUCGCAGGCAGCAAAUUGAAUGUCAUUAAUGAUAGUAUAGGCAUGGCAGUCGGCCUCGCUUGGCUUAGAGUGGCCUGGGCUAUUGGAAUCUAUAGGCGAGAUUGA